UUGAAGUGUGAUAUAGUCUAGGAGAGCCAGUAGUGAAGGAGAAGCCAGAGAAAAGGUAGUGAAGAUGGUGGGGUCUACUGCUAGACUGGCUACUUUGGUGCUCGUUACAUUAACAUGUUUUAACAACGGAGGCUGUCAUCAACAACAACUAGCAGAAGCAAAAGUGUCUACACAUCACUGCUCUGAUAAAGAAAUGAUUAAUUCCAUAGAAAACCUUGAUCACAACCCUCCAAAACGAAGGAAGGUGACUGAACAGUAUCUCACCCAUAAAGAAAUGCUGACAGCAAUGGAAGAUUUUGAACGUAAAGAAGCAGAGAAUAACCAUAGUGAAUCAACAAAAGAUGAAGAAAAAUAUCUUUUGUUAAUGAAAGGUAAUAUUAUGAAAGAUUUUAGUGGCAGUGAUAAAAUUCUUUUAGUACAACAAGCAAAUUGUUGUGCUGUUAAAUUGAAAAACGGAGGUCUUGCUGAUGCUUUAAGUCAGGUUUUACCACUUAGAAAUCCAAAUUUACUUAGAUCACCUGGAUUUCAUAAAGCAAAUCUAGCUAGUGAAGUCACUCAUGAUAAAUUUGGGAGCAUAAAAUUUGUAAAUAAUGGAAAAAAAUAACCCCAUGAUUGCCAAUAUGUUGGCACAGUAUGCAAUGGGACCUCCACAUAAGUUUUAUAUGAACUGUAAAGUUGAUAAGACCUACUACAAUACAUGGAAAUAUUUAGAUACAAAGAAAGGUCGUGAGAUUAUAUUCAAAGAGUGCAUGAAUGAUCUUGUUAAGUGGUAAUUAACAGAUCCCAAUGGGAUUAUAAUGGAAAAAGUUGUGUUUCCAGAAGGAAUUGGAUGUGCUUCAGCUGGAGGUGAUUGGCAUGCACACUUUUAGUUCAUUUAAGAUAACAAGGGGAAGUUCAUGAUUUUGCAAAGGAAUUAAAAAAAUGUCGUAGAAAUAUUGUUGUCAUUAUUGUAAAAUAUGACAAAUAAAAUAUCUCUAUAAUACUUUUUUUGUUUUAUUCACCAUUACUCUUAAACAUUAUUAGGCAAAUGAAUAGAGAUCAUACAUCUGGCAGGAAUGGUGAUGAGUAUAAACAUCUCUGAUCUUUGUUGUUCAUACAUUAGUACCUCUUCCACCAGGGAGUGAUUAACCAUCUCAAGAAAGUGGAGACAGACAAUAGGAUGGAAAAAUAUUUUAAAAUUGAAGAAGGAAAAUUGUACGAUGAAAAAUAUUGUCGUGACAAUGCCUUCAUUAUUUUUCAUGCGAAUUGUGUUGCUAUAAAAGGAUAUGGUGCAAGUUAUUUUUUUUAUUUUUUUAUUAUCACACUGGCCGAUUCCCACCAAGGCAGGGUGGCCCGAAAAAGAAAAACUUUCACCAUCAUUCACUCCAUCACUGUCUUGCCAGAAGGGUGCUUUACACUACAGUUUUUAAACUGCAACAUUAACACCCCUCCAUCAGA